UCGUACAGUUUAAAGUGCUUUUACUUAAAUUUAAAUUUAAUUUUAAAUUACGAUAGUCCGAAUUCUGUUGGGAACGCGCUGGUUCCAGUUCAAGUUCCGUUCUCAACCGAUCUUGAACCAGUUAAGCCCAGACCGAGAUUCAGCCAAUGGAAUGGUUGUGUUGGUGUGUUGGUGUGUGGGAUGCGGAAGGGGGGAGUGGGGUGGCAUGCGCCCAAUUAAAACGGUUCGCACGAGCGAACCAGAUCCGAUGCGAUACGAAGCUAGGCUUAGGCUAGUUGGCACUGUCUGUGUAUAAUUUUAAUGCAGCUCUUUAACUUUCACUUCGAUUACAACAAGUGGCGGAGAUUUAGCGAGAGAUUUAGCUGCCUUAGGCCUACGGAUCGGUGGAAUAUAAUGUGAACAGCAGCAGCCACCCAUGGACAAGAUAUAUACAAGAUACAAAAGCGCAGACAAGACAUAUAUAAAAUGGCAUCAAAGUAUGAGCGCAUUAUAAGUGAUUGUCGAUCGAAGAACGUACUGUGGGAAGACGGCGAUUUCCCCGCAGUUCAGUCGUCCGUCUUCUACUAUCAAACGCCCCCAUUCACGUUCCAGUGGAAGCGUAUUGCCGAGCUGAACAAUGCCCAGGCCUCGUUUCUCAAUGAAAACGCCGAGUUCGAUGUGGUGCCUGGCAAGAUGGGCGAUCGGUGGCUGGUCUCCUGCCUCGGGGUCCUCUACUCGUUGCGGAAUCUCUUCUAUCGCGUGGUGCCAGCCGAUCAGAGCCUCACCAAAUCGCAGGGCAUCUAUCGCUUUCGCCUGUGGUGGUGUGGCGAAUGGGUCGAGGUCCUGGUCGACGAUCGUCUGCCCACAAUCAACGGCCGGCUGGCCUUUAUGCAGCCCCAGUCCUCCAACUGCUUCUGGGCCGCACUCCUCGAGAAGGCCAUAGCCAAGCUGCAUGGCUCGUAUGAGGCCCUCAAGUAUGGCACCCGUUCGGAUGGACUCACGGAUCUGCUUGGCGGCGUCGUCAAGUGUAUGCCCAUUGUGGCCGACACCAUUAGGCCGCAAACGCUCAAGGAUCAGCUGUCCUCCACAUGCAUUGUCACCUGCCUGGCGGUCAAAGCCUCCUCGGUGCAGAAGAAAAACAUUGCCGAACGUUUGCCAAAUGGCAUUUUGGUGAAUGUGAACUACAGACUUUCCAGCCUGGACAAGGUGGAGACCCUGAUGGGGGACUCUGUGCAGCUGAUUUGCGUAAAGGAUACGUUUUCGUGCAAGCCAUUUGGGGAUAAGACCAAUUUUCUGGGCGACUGGUCGCCGCUGUCAAAGACCUGGGAGCGCGUCUCAUCGGGGGAACGGGCACGGCUGCUCAAUCAAUUGAAUUUGGGCGAGUUCUGGAUGUCGUUCUAUGAUUUUGUACAAAUUUUCACCGCCCUAGAGAUAGUCUAUCUGGACAGUGAGACGGCCAACGAUGAGGAGAUGCUCAAGAAUCGACCGCUGCAUUGGAAAAUGAAGAUGUACCAGGGCCAGUGGAAGCGUGGCGUAACAGCCGGCGGUUGUCGCAAUCAUGAGUCCUUUCACAUCAAUCCGCAGCUACUUGUUUCCGUGCAGGAGAAACAGGACGUUGUCAUAGCCCUCAAUCAGCACACGGCCGUUGAGCCAAAGGUCAUUGGCUUCACAAUGUACACAUGGAAUCGCGAGUACAACCUGAACGAGUGCCUGCAAAAAGACUUCUUCAAGAAUCACGUGAGCUUCCUCAAUUCGGACUAUGGCAACACGCGGCAUGUCAGCUAUCACACACAGCUCGAGGCGGGCCACUAUGUGCUCAUACCAACCACAUACGAGCCGGCGGAGGAGGCCCACUUCACCAUCCGCAUAUUGGGGACCUCUGCGCUGCGACUGUCCUGCUUGGAGACCCAGACGAUGAUACUGCUGGACCCGUUUCCGGCCCUCAAGAGCGAGGACAGCAUACAGAAGAUCAAGAGCGUGUGCCAGUACGAACCGGUGUACAUGCAGCUGGCGGAUGAGAACAAGACGAUCAACUGUUUCGAGCUGCACGAACUGUUGGAGGCCUGCCUUCCCAAUGACUACAUCAAGGGGUGCGCCAACAUAGACAUUUGUCGCCAGGUUAUUGCCUUGCAGGACAAGAGCGGCAAUGGGCGCAUCACCUUUCAGCAGUUCAAGACGUUUAUGGUGAAUCUCAAGUCAUGGCAGGGCGUCUUCAAGAUGUACACCAAGGAGAAGGCCGGCAUUUUGCGGGCGGAACGUUUGCGCGAUGCCCUCUGUGACAUUGGCUUUCAGCUGAGCACCGACAUCAUGAACUGCCUCAUACAGCGUUAUAUCCGCAAGGAUGGCACCCUACGCCUCAGUGACUUUGUCUCGGCCGUCAUUCAUCUGACGACGGCAUUCAAUCAGUUCCAUUUAAAGAACUACAGCCAGGUGAAUGUUAUAGAGGUGCAUCUGCAUGACUGGAUCAAGAGUAUAUUAAGCUGCUGACUGCACUCUUACAAACUUACAAUAAGUUUCAUUAUUUUGCUGCUAAAAAACAUAUCUAUAGUCGCAGCAGACAGAAACGGAAAAGUGACGCAAGUUUCGGUGUUCUUCUUUGCCUUGUAAAUAUUCUUUGCGAUAUUUAUAUAUAAUUAUUAAUUUUGAAUUUUUAUAUCCUCCUGUUUUCUUUUCAUAUUAUUUAUCAUGAAUGUUUGUGACGAUUUUAAUCCAAAUUCUUGACAUUUUCGAAUUUCGGGCAUUGAUGUCUCGUAAAAAUGGUCUGGAAUUUACUCCAAAAUGGCUUGUAUUUUUUUGUUUUAAUUGAAUAUUUAGUCCAAAAGUCUAAAAGAAUAUACCGUUAGUUGAAAUUGGGUAAUUUAUCUGGAAUUUUUUGUUUGUUUAGAUCGUUGAAUUUUUAAGAGAGACUUUCUAAAGAACUUUUGU